AUGGCGCAAAAUGGAAACCAAAGCGAAAAGAUUAGGAAUUGGAUAGUAAAUUUGCAAGCAGAAAGUGAUAGGCGAUUAGAAGAAGUUAGCCAACAUAUCGUUUCGAAUGAAAUCUUCAAAGAUUACGUUGAGGAAAUCAGUAAGAUAUCAAAGGAAGUCUUACAACAGCGUUUUUUUGAUUUUGCUGCAUCCUGUAGUAGACCAUCAGCAGGUACUCACAAAAAAUCAGCUGCAAAGACUAAUGAAAAUACUUUGAAAAAGACUAAGGUUCAACAGUGCGGCGCAAAUACAUGGGUUAGCCGACUUCGAGAACCAAUUAGUCAGCCUCUAGAAUCAUGCGUGAGACGUAAUGUACCAUGUUCACAAGCAACUAUGAAAACUCCGACGCAUUCGAAUUCGAAACCUCUAAUGUUAAGAACGCCGUCAGGAAAUGUUCGGCUGCCACGAGCCAUUACUCCGAAAGUACAAAAUACUGGUGGUGUCAAGUUUCGCACGUUGGGUCGAGAAGAAGUGGCGUUCUCCAUUGCAGGAACACCUGUAGUCGCGAAAAAUGAAAAAAGUAAUGACAGUACUUCCAUAGUGAAUGAGCUUCUGCAUGCAAAUGAUGAUGAACUUACUCCGCAAACUCGAAAAGCUGUCCAAGGAAUGAGACAAAUACUUGGCAGAAUACAUAUUAGUGAUGAAUAA